AUGAACAAGAUCAUCAACCCGCUUUCGACUAUCAACGCAUUGAAUGCCAAGGUCGCAUUGGUAACUGGCUCGUCCAGGGGAAUAGGUGCUGCAAUCGCUGUGCAUCUGGCAAUCGCAGGUUGUAAUGUUGCCAUACACUACAAUUCAAACCGGGAAACUGCUCUACAAGUCAAAGACCUCUGUCUUAAAUAUGCUCCAAACGCCAAAAUUAUAGUACUAGAUGGGGACAUUGAAAAACCAGAUGAGAAUGUAUCUCUUGUUGCCAGAACCGAGGCACAAUUAGGUCCUAUAGACAUCUUGGUCUUGAAUGCAGGCAUUGGAUUCCGGGAAUCUCUCCUAGACAUCAAACUCGAGACUUUCACCAAAGUAAUGAAUGUGAAUCUCACGUCUCAAUUCACAAUCUUGCAGAAAGUAAUACCUGGAAUGAUUUCGCGUAAAUUUGGUCGAAUAGUUCUGGUGUCUUCUGUAGCUGCCUUCACCGGUGGUGUCGUUGGACCUCAUUACGCUUCAUCAAAAGCGGCUCAGAUUGGGUUAAUGCAUAGUGUCGCUGCGAAUCAUGCCAAGUUUGGAAUAACCUGCAACAUCAUCGCUCCAGCUCUAAUAGAUGGAGGAAUGAGCUUUGGAGAUCCGAAUUCGAAUGAAGUUAACAAUCUCAAGGCUCGUAUACCUGCAAACGCAUCCUCCAAAAAAAUCGCCUCCCAAAACGCAACGACCCUGCAAUACCACCUAUACGCCAUACUCCUCACAGCACUAGCCUACAUCCUAAUCCGCUUCCUCAUACGGUACUCGUCAUUCCGCUUCUCCCACAUCCUCGGAUUUGUGAUUCUCGAAGCUGUAAUAGUUGGACUGUAUACACAGCUCGUAUCGCUAUCGAAUGACUCGGGCGUUGAUUUGAGUGAUACGAAUUCGCUGGUCGCGUAUUACUUUGACGUGAUUUAUGUGUGUAUGUUUGUGCUGGUGGGGAGUGCGUGUUUGUCGGAUUGGGUUUGGUAUCUGCUUUGGGUGAUACCGCUGUUUGCGAUAUGGAAGCUCUGGGAUAAGGUGAUAAAGCCGUUCGUUAUUUCGCCAUCAGCGAAAGAGCCAGUCAAGACAAAAGGGAAGGGAGUUCGUAAACCACAACGAUAA